AUGGCCCCAUCUCCAAGUAGUUCACUGAAUACCCCAGGUGGAGUUGGAGCCCCGAGUCCUCAGGAAGAGGCGGCAUACCGAGAAAAAAUUCGACACCUCAGUAGAUACGUUGAGCCCUUAAGAAGAAUGAUCACGAAAAUGGGUAAUGAGAAUAAUAUCGAUAAGAUGAGUAAAAUGAAAAAACUUCUGGAAAUUCUAUCAACUCCAUCGACUUCAUCGAAACGAGUACCACUCGAGACAAUACUCAAGUGCGAGGCUGCGUUGGAAAAAUUGGACCUGAAGAGGUCAGAGAACAGUGUUGGACCAGUAAGUACAUCGAUGAAGGAGCAUUAUUUCUUCAGUCCACUUCUGGAGGCUGUCAGCACGCAUCUGCAGAGCCCAGUUGUCAAUCACACGUUACAGAGGACAUUUGGUCCGUGUUUAGACGCUCUUUUCGGUCCAGAGAUAAAAGGUCUACCACCGCCAUUGAAGAGACAACGAGUGGAUGAAUCAGCAAGUGAAAUACCUGACGUUCUUCAGGGUGAAAUAGCUCGUUUGGAUCAAAGAUUCAAAGUCAGUCUUGAUCCAGCACAGCAGACAGGCUCGAAAUGCAUUCAAUUGAUCUGUUGGUUGGACGAUCGCCAUCUCCCAUGUGUGCCACCAGUCUCGGUGACGGUGCCAUCAGACUAUCCGCUAACUCCUCCAAGAUGUGUGAUGGCACCUCACGAGUACGCAACAGCAUUUCUCUGUGCAGUUCAGAAAGCUCUCAAUGCGAGAAUAACAAAAUUACCAAAACGUUUUUCGGUCUCACAAUUGUUGGACACAUGGGAGAUGAGCGUUCGCCAAGCCAGUGCACCCACACAGACAUCUGUCAAUGGUACCUCUGUACUAAUGGGGCUUUAGGUCAAUUGAAUCGUCUUCAUUAAUA